GCUGUAACAGGCUGAGAGUGGCUGACUGACUGUCACAAGACCCACGUCUCUCUCAGCAGUGCAAUUUGCGUCUGGUGUUUACGUUACCUUUGAACUUUUUAAAGGUCCGACGAACAGUGCCUUUGAAAGGUAUGACGGACUACUCUGAAAAGGAAAGCAUUUAAUGAAACUGUGCAGGGGACCUAAACUAUGGCAUAGAGCGUAAUGACGGCACAGUCAUACAUUCUCCAGUGAAUGGAGCUGGGUAAGCAGCGAUGAUGCGUUGUCUAGCAGCCCGGGUUCACUACAAAACCCUGAUAGUGAUCUGCGCUCUCCUCUCCCUGCUCACGGUUCUUCUGUGGAACAAAUGCACGAGCGAGAAGGCUCUUCGCUUCCUACCUCGGCACCCCCAGCCACCUCCCAGCCCUAAAAUAGACAGCCAUCCACAGCAGCCCCCUGAACCUCCACCUGUGGUGGGCGGAGUACGCUAUGAAGAGAUUGACUGCCUGAUCAAUGAUGAUGUCACCAUUAAAGGCCGGCGAGAAGGCACAGAGGUGUACCUGCCCUUCAGCUGGAUGGAGAAGUACUUUGAGGUGUACGGGAAGGUGCUACAGUACGAUGGCUACGAUCGAUUCGAGUUUUCGCACAGUUACUCCAAAGUAUACGCCCAGAGAGAGCCUUACCACCCCAGUGGAGUCUUUAUGUCCUUCGAAGGGUAUAACGUGGAGGUGCGGGAAAGAGUCAAGUGCAUCAGUGGUGUGGAAGGAGUACCUUUAUCUACCCAGUGGGGCCCUCAAGGGUAUUUCUAUGCCAUUCAGAUAGCUCAGUUUGGCCUGAGCCAUUACAGCAAGAACCUGACGGAGAGGCCGCCACAUGUGGAGGUGUAUGACACAGCGGAGGAGAGAGACAGCAGGUAUAGCACGUGGAGCAUCCCUAAGGGCUGCUCUCUCACCAGAGUCUACGACAAGACCAGAGCCACAUCAGUGCGACAGUUCAUUACUGCAGAAAACUCUGAGGGAAUCUCACUUUCUCUUGGCAACACAAAAGAUUUCAUAAUCUCUUUCGACCUGAAGUUCACAUCUAAUGGUAGCAUCUCUGUUGUCUUGGAGACCACAGAAAAAGGGCCUCCAUUUGUUAUCCACUAUGUCACUACAACUCAGCUCAUUUCCUUCAAGGAUCGUGACAUCACCUAUGGAAUCGGCCCUCGGACUGCUUGGACCACGGUCACCCGUGACCUUCUCACAGACCUCCGCAAAGGCAUUGGGCUGUCCAACACUAAAGCGGUGAAAGCCACCAAGACCAUGCCUCGCCGUGUUGUAAAGAUAGUGUUACACGGCCACGGCUCAGUAGAUAAUAUCACAAUCUCCACCAGUGCACAUAUGGCUGCGUUUUUUGCCUCCAGUGAUUGGCUGGUGCGCAAUCAGGACGAGCGUGGCGGUUGGCCCAUCAUCGUAACGCGUAAACUCGGGGAGGGUUUCCAUGCUCUGGAGCCUGGUUGGUAUUCUGCUAUGGCACAAGGGCAGGCUAUUUCUACCCUGGUGCGCGCCUAUCUGAUGACAAAAGACGACACUUACCUGAAGUCUGCGUUGCGUGCCACCGGACCUUUCAAACUGCCCUCGGAGCAGCACGGAGUGAAAGCUGUUUUUAUGAGUAAAUAUGACUGGUAUGAGGAGUAUCCCACAAUUCCCAGCUCUUUUGUCCUGAAUGGGUUCAUCUAUUCCCUCAUAGGCCUGUACGACCUGGCACAAACAGCGGGGGAGAAACUUGGAAGGGAUGCCGGCCAGCUGUACAGCAAGGGGAUGGAGUCCCUCAAGGUUAUGCUGCCCCUGUACGAUACGGGGUCGGGCACAAUCUAUGAUCUGCGCCACUUUAUGCUGGGCACCGCGCCCAACCUGGCUCGCUGGGACUACCAUACAACGCACAUCAACCAGCUCCAGCUGCUGGGUUCUGUUGACAACUCGCCCAUCUUUAGGGACUUCAUCAAGCGCUGGAAAAGCUACCUGAAAGGAGGGAGGGCCAAGCACAACUAAAGCUGAGCACAGAGCCCUUUCAAUCUCUUCAGGCUUUCAAAUCCUCUUCCUGUCUGCCACCGCAAGGGCCAGAGGAGGCUAAGUGUAAGACUGCUAGCCACAGUCUGCAAAGGGGAAAAUGACCGAACAGUCUGGAAGCCCUCAGAUGUUCUGUUUGAGACGGUAAUUGCUGUGCUUCUUGUGUGUAUGCUGAGGUUUUAAUUAGAAACAAACGCAGCUGCUUGCAGCAUAUGUCUGGAUGAGGAUGGAGGGCUUUGGUGUUUAAUAUUUAAAGCUCAAGAUCUGCAGGUUUCUUUGAGAAAUGUGUCUGCUGAGAUUUGCCACAUUUGGGCACGCCUCAGUUGUGAAGAGGCGAGCACAAAUUCAGCUUUCAGAAACUUCUUGCAAAGUAAAGCUUGGAACCUAAUUAAUCUCCAGAUAGACGAAAUACACCGUUGAGUGAUUGUAGAGAAAUCAACAUUAGCCGCAAUAGAUAUUUGAUAAGAUGUUGUUAGUUAAUGAUCAGAGGAAUGCAUAUAAGCUACAGGGAAAAUGUUGAAGAUGUCCACAAGUGUAGCAUCGUUAGGUUUCAGAAAUCAGGUAGGUUUCCUCCGUCAAGUUGACAUUUGGAGGAACACACGACACCUCAUGUUCAACCCACACUCUGAUUCACCGUCCAGUGUCCAGUCUCUACAAUGUUUCACAUAUGUGGACCGUCACUAAUGUGGCCCAGUCUAUACUGUAGGGCAUUUGAUUGGUGUUUGCAGCAAUUGAUUUUUUUGUUAUAAGGAUGAACAUUCUGACACCCUACUAGACUGAUAAAGCAUGGUGUUGAGCAGAAACUUUUUCUUUUAUUGUUGGGUAUGAUGUUCAAACCUCAUGGUCGUGCACUUUAAUUGUGUGGCAUGCAUGUGUGUGUGGUGAGGAUGCCUUUAUAGAACUACUUGUGAGGAAUUAGCAUUUCACUUAUGACAUCGAUUCAGUAUUCUUUAUUACCUUAAUGAACAGUUUAUGAAGGAACUUUUUUGCUGAUUCCAGUGCUUUUGUAGCUAAAUCCAUUACAUUUCUUCCCCCCCCAUUCAUGUAUAUUUUUAUGACUGUUUCUAUUCUAAAGCAACGUUUAGCUUUGUUAAAGUCAAACACCAAAUUGGCAUUAUGUAGUGCAAAAUAAGGGGAAUAUAGAAUACUUUCUGUUAAAUAACUAAAUCUUCCAAAAAUGAAAAGUUUUUCGUGGAUUUAAAAAAUAAAACUAUGAUGACCCCUAAAUUAUUUCCUUAUUUAAUACCAAUACCAUCUAUCUGGUUUUCAACAAAUAUCUAUCAACAUCAACGAAUUCAUUGAAACGGCUUCCCAACUACUGCAGCCAAGUGUCCAAGUCUGGAGGACAAAACAUUUUUCUCAUUUUUCUCAUGUUUUAGUAAUGCUGUUUUGAUGUUUCAGAGGAUCCAGCCUCUGGACCUCAGGAGUUAAACCUCCACCUGUCUAAAGUCUGUUUAUCCUAAUCUCACCUGACCCCAAAAACUGGUUUGGAGAUAUUAUCCCAUUAUCUGGCAACCUGCUGCUCAGAAUCCUCUCAAACAGAUGUUCCCAUUCCAACGUGGGCAUUUGGCUUUAGAUUCUGUUCAGAAAAUAAAUGGCAAGCAGACCGUAAAGAAAAAUAUGACAUUUAUAAAUGUCUGACAUCAAAGCUUCUGGUUUGUUGAUGUUUGUUUGGCAGAGACAGCAUAUAGAUGCUCGUUUCAUUCUCUUGAGGCAUACGUCUGUGUUAACCCAUGUUCCCUUGAAAAAUCUUUUGUUUUCCCAUGAAAAUCAGGUUGCUAGUCUUACAGACACUGAUCUCACAAAUAAUACUAUGCACAUCUCAUACUUGUCAAUUAAUGGGUGGAUAAAAAUGCAUUAUAAGGGACAAUGGUGUUACCAUGAGUGAGCCCACUUUUUAUUUAUACCAAAGUCUUCACAUUUGUUUUUAUCUGAAACUUUUGUUUGUUUAUUAUUAAAAAUGAAAGACCAUAAAGCAUGUCGUUCUUUUUUCUUUUAAGUUUGGAAAGUCGGGUUUGAGGAUUGUUGUAGGAGUGCUACAGUAUAUAUGCCUUCCUCUGAAGAAAUGCCUUUUUGAUAGGGUUUUAUUUUUUUGUUCAGUCUAGAUUCCUAUAAUAUGGAGUGUGUAGCGAAUGAAACAGAGAAUAUUAUUAAUCACCGCUGUCAAUGGGAAUGUGUGCAACUCUUGAUGUCGAACUAACGCUCAGUGCAACAUGUAUUAAAGGGGAAAAGAGAGAGCUGGAACAGCGUAUCUGUUCUUUGAAUCCUUGUUUCGAACCAGCCUCCUUUUGACAUGGGUUUCAACAAACCUUGUCGUUUGCAUUCGAAUGAAUUCCUUGGAGUUAACAACAUAUAAGCACAACGGUAGUAAGUUUUAGUUCAUUUAUUCUCAUCUUUUUAAUGGAAACAUAUUUCGUGUUCUGGACAAUGUGCAAAUCCUUCCUCUGAAAGCAGUUUUGAAUGAUGAAACUGUUGUGGUUGAUAUUUUUCUGUGAUCUUCUUUUUUUUUGUUUACUGUAUUUUACAUUCAUGGUUUAUGAAUUGACAUGCAAGGCGUGUUUCAUGCGUAUGCAAUAAAUGGUUGAACUGGAUCGCUGCACACCCAGAGGUUGUACAGACUUCGCAAAGGAAGCACAAAGUGCACAUGCGAUCGUUUUAUGCAGGACAAAUGUUUAUUAAAGUCUUUGUGAUUUAAAUUGCUUUUUUAAAGUUGUAUAAAUAAAGGCAUUUGUU